AUGGAUCAACGGUUCCCAAUCACCCGCGACGACCUCUUCAACAUCCAGAUGGAUUUGAAGCAAAUCCAACUGGUUCAGAGUAAUCAGGGUGAGAGACUUAUAAGACUCGAAAGGCGCCAGGAACAAGAUGCGAGCCUCAAGUCCGUGUGGCAACAGCACCCUUUUCCUGGCGUCCUAGCCGGAACUCCGCAGCAAGGGCCGACUCACGUCUCACCCAACGACAUGUUUGAUGAUUUUGAUGAGCAAGGCCAGCAUCUGCUGAGCUCCCUUCAUCUAGGACCUGCUGAGGAAGAGCCUACUCGUCGGGGCGCUGCUUCCCGAGCCAACAGCGUACGUUUCGACGAAAGUGCAUUGCGAGGAGCAGAUUGGUCUAGUCAGAGCAAUCGCCACUCUGGGGAAUUCGGACCUCCCCGACCAACUAGCGGGUUGAUGAUGGAGCGAUCUUUGUCCCACAAGUCGGAUGGACGCCACAGUUCUGCCGGCCACUCCGUUCACUCAUUUCACUCUGUGGCAUCUGGCAGGGCGAGCAGCUUGGGGCUGGAUACCAACUUCAUGGUCAGCAGUCAUGAAGACGACUCUCCGAUAGACAUGCCGGAGCCUCCGCCGGGCCUCUUCUUCCUGGGUUCCGUCCCGACCAUCAUCCGAUGUUGGCUUACAACGAGCUUCGCGCACGACACAGUCUUAUACGCUGAUCUGUGUACGGGCUCUCAGAAAUCUGUGGUGGAUUAUUCUGUCCUCAAGGAGCUCGACUUGUUGGACGACAUUCAACAUGACAUGGAUGGCAUCUACAAAGUUCGACUCCCUGUAUACCUGGUCGAAGCCACUGUUUCCGAACGCAGCAGCCGAUCGUCGAGUCCGGGACAUUCAAUGCCCUGCCUCAUCGCAACCUUUGAGGUAUCCGGCAUGGAGCAAUCUGAAGGCGCCGAACCUAAAAGGGGCAUCCAGAUCUUCAUUGGCAGCGACACCCUCAGAGCUCAUCAGGCCGACAUUCUCCUAUCCCAGAACCGCAUGUGUCUCUAUGGCAGCGAGCGUGAGAAGUUAUCUGUUCCUUUCGUGCGCCCAGAGGACGAAGCUGCUUUCAAGCACAUAAGUACAAUCAACUUCAUCCCCGAGAAGCCCCGACUCAACGCCAACGCAGCGCCUUUUGUGUCUGGAGACCCACGACCUCAAGCCCCCGCAACGCAAAGUGCAUUGGAGAGCAGCAUAUCUAGCAUGCAGCAUGAAGAUGCCGAGUCACAAGGGCCACUCUCACCCAUGGACAAUCACUCUGUACCCAACAAGUCGAUUGGAGCAAGCAACCUGUCUGAAAGUGGCGGGGAGAGUGAAAGGCAUGGCAAGGACAACGCCAGCGGGUCCGAAUCUGGGGCAAGGGAGUAUUCCACGGCGCAAAACAGCUCGGUCAGCGGAGAGGGAAAUCGGCGUGAGUCUGCCGGCGGCAUCUGGGGCUCUUGGCGCCAGGGUACUUCAGCAAAUGGCGCCGAGAACGGGCAACGGGAAGCAAAUGGCCCGCUCAGCGGAUAUCAGCCCGCCGGGCGCGGAAGCCGGAACAUGAAGGUGUUGAAGCCCCUGAAAUCGGGUUCAUCAUCCUCUGCCCGAACUGGAGCAGCUUACGAGCCGCCGCCAGCACCCAGAACGAGUGGAGAGCAUCGACGCAAAAGCCAGGUCAACGCAGUGGCAGAGAGCAACCCGCCGACCAACGUCCGCUGGGAACCCAAGAGGUCAAUCAGCAACACCACGAUCGGCAGCGCCACGGAAGCCAAGGCCCAACGCGAGACGAAGAACGCGGGGCCAGCUUUGCCGCGGUCGGCGAAUCCCAUCGGUGGUGCCUCGGCUUUCUCCUGGAUGAACCCGGCCGGCAAGGCGAAGCCCACGGCAACGGCAGAGUGA